CUCUAUAGUCACAUUUUCUAACUGCGCAUGAUCAAGGUACAAGCCAAAAUCAUGUGACUUUAUAGUAAAUCUUACAUAAAUUUUGCUCUUUCCCGGAACAUUCAUAAGUUUUACUGUUCAUUAUCUGUCAUGUCGUCUGGAAGAGUUUCGUUUUUGGACCAACUGCAAAAUCGUGAAGUUACAGAAUUAGGCUUACGUUUAAAGGAGGCAAGCGAAAAUGUGACAAUAAAUCACACAGGUAUCCAACAAACAGCUAAACGUCCAAUUAUUAAAAAAGUACUCGAGACAAUGACGGCUGGUAUAGAUGUAUCAUCAUUAUUUGGUGACGUUAUCAAGGCAGCUUCUACAAAGGAUUUGGUUCAGAAAAAGCUUGCAUAUAUGUAUAUAUCAACACAGGCCGAACAAAAUGCUGAUUUGGUCAUUUUAGCUAUUAAUACUUUUCAGAAUGAUCUUCAAGAUGAAAAUCCUUUUGUAAGAGGAUUAGCUUUACGUACGCUUUGUUCGAUGAGGCUUAUAGAUUAUGUACCAUAUAUGUUAGAAUCUUUAAGUCACGCUUUAAUCGAUUCUAGCGCAUAUGUACGAAAGACCGCGUUAAUUUCGUGUAUCAAAUUGUUUAAUCUUUCUCCAAAACACGUGUUAGAUGCUCCUUUGGUUGAUCAAUUAUAUAAUACUCUGAGAGAUCGUGACCCCGAAGUUGUUGCAAAUUGCAUUGUUGCUUUAAAUAGAAUAUUUCUUUCGGAAGGCGGAAUGACUGUAGACACGAAUAUCGCACAUUAUUUACUUCAACGAUUACACGAAUUUAAUGAGUGGCAUCAGUGUUUGGUAUUGGAUACUCUUAUUCGAUAUAAACCAUCUAGCGAAGACGAAAUUUUUGAUAUUAUGAAUCUUUUGGACGAUCGGCUUAAACAUCAUAAUAGUGGAGUUCAGUUGACUACUGUUAAAAUAUUUAUAAAAUUAGCCGAAGGGAUAUACGAUAUCCAAGAAGAUGUUUAUAAAAGGAUAAAAAGUCCGAUGUUGACAUUAUUAACGUUAACAAGUCCGGAGAUAGUAUAUUCAUGUUUGGAGCAUAUUAUUGUAUUGAUGAACCAAUCUCAUCAAUUGUUUCGGGAAGAUUACAAAUAUUUUUACCGAAGAAUUAAAGAACCAUCUUUUGUUACUCUGAAAAAGUUGGAAGUGUUAGAAGGCAUUGCAACAAAAAUAAGCUCGAAAGAAAUUAUUAAUGAAAUUAGUGGUUAUAUUACUGGAACCGAUAAGGUUAUUGCGCAAAAAUCUAUAGAAUCGAUCGCCAAAAUUUCGUUUCGUAUUGAAAAUGUGCUUUCUUAUUCUCUCGAAGUUUUUAUGAAAUUACUGGAAACUGGCAUUGACAUCAUUAUAUCAAGUAUUAUUACAGCACUUGAAGAGUUCAUGAACGAAAGUCCUGAAAAAGUUGGAAGUUUGCUUUCGGUUUUACCUUCUGUUUGGACAUCAAUAGAUUUGAGUUCACAAGCAGGACCAGCUUUCCUUAACCUUUUGACAACAGUUGGAUAUGAAAUUUCGGAAGCACCAUAUAUUUUGGAGUCCUUGAUAGAUGAUCUUGAAAGUUAUCCAGCAACUUCUUUCCGCUUACAACUUUUAAAUUCAACUGUCACAUUGUUUUUACAUAGACCAGCAGAAUGUCGUGGUAUGUUGGCUAAAUUAUUUAAAUAUUCAAUGGAGCCUUACGAAAGCUUAGACAUCCGUGAAAGAGCAUUAUUCCUUUAUAGAUUAUUACAAAAAGAUAUCAAAAAGGCACAGGAAAUUUUUAAGCAUCAACGCUACGCGUCAAAGAAAAAUGGGAACAAUAAUUUUAAAACGAGGGAUAAACAUCUUACUAAAUUUAAUACAAUCUCUCUCCUUUAUGGAAAACAUUCGGAACAAACUCUUUUUGAACAAACACCGGGUAAUUUUUCGAAAAGGAAUGAUGAUCAGUUCUUUUCCUCACCAACACAUCAUAUAUCGGAAUUUGAUGAAUUGAUAUCACUGCAAUCUCAAAACGUAGUUAAGGAUGAGUUUACGUUAUCAUCAACAGUAUCAAUUGAGGCUAAAAAAUUCAAAGCAUGUUGGGAAAAUUUUACGGAAAGCCACGAAUUUGAAAUAUCUUUAUUGGAUUCAUCGGCUUCUUUGAUUUCAUUGACAUUAGACGACAUUGAAUCUGUGUUUGAAGAAAAUAUGAUGAUGAUUAUGGCUUCAGGAAGUUCCGGCGAUUAUUUAAAAUUUUUCCUGUAUGCUCAAGAGAUUAAUUCCAAUAUAUUGAUGUUAUGUGAGCUUAAACUGAACCUAAAUUUAAAGUUAGCUAAGAUUAAUUUGAGAAUAGGAUAUGAGGCAUAUGGGAUUAUUCAUGAAGAUCAAAAAAUGAAUUUAUCUAAAUAUUCAGAAUAUUUUAUACAAUAUCUAACCAGAUACGUGAAAGAAUUAAGUAAUUUAGUAAAAUGAGGCAUUUCUUUUGAACAAUAUGACUAUUAAAUAAAAAAGAUUGUUAAAUAAACUUAGCAAUAUUAAUAGUACUAAUUCCAAUUAGUAUCUGUUCCGUUUACAACUUCAGAGCACAAUUACACCACUUUGGUCAAAUUAAAUCGACUUUCUAAAUUAAUUGAAAAUUGUUCAGCAAGGUUGAAACUACCUACAUAUUAAUUUUUAUGAGUGUAAGUAUAAUAUUUGCGGAGAAAUUUAUGUUUUUUAUAAUAAUACUAAUUUUGAGUUGAAAGCUUUUUGCAUUGCUUAAUUAUAAAUGAAAAUUUACAAGUAUUAUUAAUAGUAACAGUUUUAU